UCACAGUGGUAGCAUUUCGUAGCAAAAACCUAACAGACGCUUCAAUGUUUACACUUUAAUUUAAUUUUGUUUGAAAUUUGACCCAUUAAACUAACUUUUAUUCGAUUUAAACUCUUUAAAUUUCGUGUAAACCUUCAAAUAUUAUUUUUUUUUAUCGCUAUGUUUGACACAAUUUUCCAACAAUGUUUAAUUCAUGUUUGUUUGGCCAUGUGCAUCACAACAUGUGGUCGCUUAAUAUGCGAAACUGACUGCUGCCUUUGCUGCAUUUUGCAUCGCCGCGAAAAACCCUACAUUGUCACGAUUGAACAUCCGGUCGAUCCAUUCAAAUGCUUAGUGAGCAUCAAAAACAAAAGCAAAACCAAGAUUCGACGUUUCACGAUUCAACUUCAUCGAAAAAAUUUGGGUUUCCGUUUGACACCAAUCACCGCUGGAUCUGUGAUCGAAUCGCGGGAUGAUUUUUGGCAUCGCGUGGAAAUAAAGCCGCAACAAAUUUUCUCGUUCGAAUUGGAAUUUGUGCCGACAACCAAAGAAAAGUUUGAGACGAAAGUGCGUUGUAUUGUCUGCUACGUGAACAAAAACUACGAAGAUCGGGAUGUUCAAGCGAUUGUCACUGCCGACGAAAAUGGCUUGAAAAUGUCGAAAUUUAUGAAAUUGAGUGAUUGGUGAAAAAGAGGUUUUUUUUAAUUAUUUUUUUAAUGGUUCAUAAAAAACGUGAUUUUUCCACAGAAAAUUGUCUUUUGAACCACUCAAAAGUCCGCAGCGUAGUCUUUUUAUUCGUUUUCGUGUAAGAGCAAUUUAAUUUGUUGUUGUCUAAAAACUUUUUCUUGGCACUCGGUGUCUUUCAUGGGAUGACAUUGACUUUAACGA